UCAUUUCAUAACCAUCCUCUACCAAGAAAGAUCUAUGGGUUCUCUUCCUCAUGUAGUAGAAGAUCACCUAGGAAUUCUUCAGAUUCUUAGUAAUGGUUCCAUUUUCAGAAUUGAAGAAAAAGACAUAAUUUUCCCCAUGAAAGUCCAUGACGAUGGUUCUGUGAACUGGAAAGACUGCCUAUAUGAUAAGAAACACGACCUCCACCUCCGCCUCUACAAACCGUGGUCGGCACCCAAUCCCACAACCAAGCUUCCCAUUGUCUUCUUCCUCCACGGCGGUGGCUUUAUUGUGGGUUCACGGACGUGGCCCAACUGUCAUAAUUGCUGCCUCCGCCUCGCUUCGGGGCUGCAAGCACUCGUGGUGGCGCCUGACUACCGUCUGGCGCCGGAGCACCGCCUCCCCGCUGCCGUGGAUGAUGCACUAAAUUCUGUCAAGUGGCUGCAAAAUGAAAUUCUGGAGGAGAAUAAUUCUGAUGCAUGGUUGAAAGAUGGAGUUGACUUCGGUAGGGUUUUUAUAGUGGGUGAUUCCUCCGGCGGAAACCUGGCACAUCAUCUGGCGGUAAAGCUAGGCCCCGGGUCACCGGAGUUGGCACCGAUUAGAUUGCGUGGCUAUGUUCUGUUUGCGCCAUUUUUCGGUGGGAUUGUGAGAACCAAGUCUGAAGCAGAAGGGCUGCCUGAACCGUUUUUGAAUUUAGAUAUUCUUGACAGAUUUUGGAGGUUAUCGUUACCAGAUGGGAGCACUCGAGAUCAUCCGUUUGCAAACCCUUUUGGGCCUUUAAGUCCAAGUCUUGAAUCCAUAAAGCUUGACCCGAUGCUGGUAAUUCUAGGAGGAAGUGAGUUGAUGAAGGAUAGAAUUGAGGAUUAUGUCAAAAAAUUGAAAGAAGAGGGAAAGAAAAUUCAUUGUGUUGUGUUCCAAGGAAAGCAACAUGGUUUCUUUACAAAUGAACCAUUCUCAGAAGUGGGUGACAAAGUAUUACAAGAAUUAAAGAAUUUCAUUACUAGAAAUUCAGAUGAUUAAGUUUGAUCUUGUAAUAGUACCAAGUACGAGUGCUUGAGUUUUCCUUUUCUCUCGCUUCUUUGUUUACAUAGUCGAAGGUGUUCAUUGUAACAUUAUUGGCUGGCAGGUUUUGGAUAUGAUGGUUUACUAGGAACGUCUUAUGAUUGUGUGCUUAUUCGGCUUUGCUUACAACUAAACUUGUUUUUUAAAAGUGUUUUGUAUGAUAGUAAAAUAGUGAUCUUAUUUUCAA